AUGGCUAAUCCCGAUCACGUAGCCGCCGUCUCCGCCGGCAAAUCCGCCCUUGAGGAGUGGCGUGCUGCCAAUCCCGGUCAGCAGCUCGAUCUGCGCGCUGCCGACCUUUCGGGACGGGAUCUGGCGGGUGUCGACCUCCGCGAUGCCGACCUCCGCGGCGCCUCACUGGCUGACUGCCGCCUCACCCGGGCCAACCUGUCGCGUUGCGACCUCCGCUCCGCCGACCUGACCGGGUCCGACCUAUACGGCGCAAGCCUGGCCUCCGCGCAGAUGGCGACCACCAUCCUACGGAACACCAACCUCUUCUGGGCCGACCUCAAGCAGGCAAACAUGCACGAGGCCGUGCUGCAAUGGUCACGCCUCAACCGGGCUUCGUUCCUCAACACCGACCUCACUGACGCCGACUGCAGCCAGGUCACUGCCAUCGAGGUUGACCUGCGUUCCGCCAACCUGACCAACUCAAACUGGCAGGGCGCGAACCUGAACGGAGCCGACGUGAGCCGCGCCAUCAUGCUGGGAGCGGAUUUCACCGCCGCCAAGAUCCGCGACUCGAUGUGGAUUAUGACCGACCUGCGGGGAGCGAACUUCAACGGCGCGAGUCUGCACCGCUGUGACAUGACCAUGGGCAAAUGGGACGACACCACCAACUUCCCGCCCGGCUUCGACCCCAACUUCAUCGAGAACCGGGUGGAUGACUACUGA